AUGUGUGAGGAGGGGAGGAUCAUCAGCGGCAUUCCAAGACUCGAUCAUAUCCCCGCUUAUGAAGAAUUUCUGGUGCGUGGGCUCGGUCACGAGUGACGAUGCAGCAUAGAGAUUCGUCGUGCUGUUCGGGCCAGGUGACGCACGCGCUCAUCAAAUGUAGCCUUUUCCAUACCGAUUUGAUUCAGAAUGACUAUCUGAGGGCCAAUCGACCAUGCAUCUUGCCUGCUGCCCUCGUAUCCCACUGGCCGGCUCGCCGGUGGGCCGACACGGGCGAAGGGCCAUCUACUGCUGGCUCGAGCGAUGAACCAAGUGCAGAUCUGGGCAAAGCCUUCGACGUCCUCGCCGCGAAAUUCGGAGAUUACACUACGCCGGUGGUACUCAGUGGCCCAGGUGCUGCCAACGAGGAGGAGGAGGAGAAAGCGUAUGGCCGUGAAGAACGCGAAGAGAUGAAGCUUGAGGAGGCCGUGAAGCUUUUGAGAUCGGGCAGAGCCAGCUAUGUCAAGGACUUUCAUCUGGUGCAGCAGCUCGAGCAGAGGGGCGCAAAGCGCGAAGAAGUGUACACCACGCCAUGUCUUUUUGCAGAUGAUUGUGAGAGGUGCCCUCCGCGUGAUCCACACGCACAAAGUCUACCGCUGGACACUGAUGCGCAUACGCUUGGGUCUCGCUACCCCGUAGGGACCAACAAUGUUGGACUUGGCGAGGAUGAUUUCAGAUUCUGCUAUGCCGGCGUCAAAGGGAGCGGGACGUCAUUGCACAGAGAUGGUAAGCGGUGGCCAAUCGGGCCGUGCAUCUAACAUUUAGCUAGUUCAAUGUUCUGACUAGCAUUCCCACACAAAUAAACUCGUCCUCUCUUGCCUUGCAGUGUGUGAGUAGGGGGCGAGGAGGGCACUUGCGAAAUCAUUAGGCUGACAAAUCCUGCGGGUGCGAGUCGACUUUGCUAGACACCAGCUACUCUUGGUCCACCAACAUCAUCGGCCGAAAGAGAUGGCGCUUCUUUCCUGCGCAAGUCAUCCCAGGUCUACGUCGUGAGUGUUACAGGUAUCGCAAUCGCUCACCAACAUCACUUGUAAAAGCUUUUGUUUUCAUCCCGCCAGGCUUCCCACAAGUCGUUACCUCACAGACUGCCGCUUCCGUAUCGCAGCUAGACGAGGCCGCCGCACUCGGACAGCUGGGUCCAGUGCGCGAUGGAAAGAUGGGCUUCGAGGAUUGGCAAUGGGCCCGCAAGUACUGCAUCGAGAUCGAGCAAAAGGCGAGUUGACCCAUUGCUGGUGUCUAUCGCUUUAAACACCUUGGCUCGGAUGUAUGUGCAGGGCUGAUGUCGUCGAAUUGCCCGUUCCUCGCGGCGUGUCGUAGGAGGGAGAAACGAUAUUUGUCCCCAGCAAUUGGUAUCACGAGGUUCUGAACUUGGAUCACUGCAUUUCGGUGCGUAUGUGUCAUGCUGGUCUAUCAUCUGUAUCCCGAGAACUUGUUGACCUUACCCACCUCGUGUGCAGUUGAACCACAAUUGGAUCAACUCGAACAACCUUUUGUCCGUCUUCCACUCUCUGUGUGGUGCUAUAGAGGCCACCAAGGAAGCUUUGGUGGACGUCAGAGAUCUGUUGCAGUCUGCGGACCAGAUGAAUCGUACUGUAUCGUGGAAGAAGGGGUGGUACGAACAGGUCAUCGGUGUUGUGGAAAUGGAUCAAGGAUGGGCUUGGCCAGGCUUUUGGCGAAUGACUAGAAAGGCGCUCGAGCAUCCGCCAGCUGAGGUACGCUUUCGAGACUGCGCUGACAUAUUUCGACCGAUCCACUGCUCACUUUGCCUGAUUCACCUGCUCCAGUCACAUCUACGACCGCCAGAUGCAGAAGUGCAAGCGAUCGUCGCAAAUUGUUUGAACUUGUUUGCGUCGCGCGAAGAAACAUCUUUUUUGGCCUCUCAGGUGAUCGAGGAUGCUGCGUAUUGUGGGCAAUUCGUUGGACAGACUUUUGCAACAAGCAAUUGA